GGAACUGUGGAAUGGAUGUUUCACUCGGCGGGUCCUAAUCUGAAGGAGUGGCUGAGGGAGCAGUUCUGUGACCACCCGCUGGAGCACUGUGAGGACACCAGGCUCCACGAUGCGGCCUACGUGGGGGACCUCCAGACCCUCAGGAGCUUGCUGCAGGAGGAGAGCUACCGGAGCCGCAUCAACGAGAAGUCCGUGUGGUGCUGCGGCUGGCUCCCCUGCACGCCGCUGCGGAUCGCGGCCACCGCGGGCCACGGCGACUGUGUGGACUUCCUCAUCCGGAACGGGGCCGAGGUGGACCUCGUGGACGUGAAGGGACAGACCGCCCUGUACGUGGCGGUGGUGAACGGGCACCUGGAGAGCGCGCAGAUCCUCCUGGAGGCCGGCGCCGACCCCAACGGCAGCCGGCACCACCGCAGCACCCCGGUGUACCACACGUCGCGCGUGGGCAGGGCCGACAUCCUGCAGGCGCUCAUCAGGUACGGGGCUGACGUCGAUGUCAACCACCACCUGACCCCGGACACCCGGCCCCCGUUCUCGCGCCGCCUCACCUCCCUGGUGGUCUGCCCCUUGUACAUCAGCGCGGCCUACCACAACCUCCAGUGCUUCAAGCUGCUGCUCCAGGCAGGGGCGAACCCCGACUUCAACUGCGAUGGCCCCGUGGACACGCAGGGCUUCUGCAGGGGCUCGCCGGGCUGCGUCAUGGACGCCGUCCUGCGCCACGGCUGCGAGGCCGCCUUCGUGAGCCUGCUCGUGGAGUUCGGAGCCAACCUGAGCCUGGUGACAUGGGAAUCCCUGGGCCCGGAGUCGAGAGGCAGGAGGAAGGUGGACCCAGAGGCACUGCAGGUCUUUAAAGAGGCCAGAAGUGUCCCCAGGGCCUUGCUGAGCCUGUGCCGCGUGGCCGUGAGAAGAGCUCUGGGCAAGCACCGCCUGCACCUGAUCCCCUCGCUGCCCCUGCCGGACCCCAUCAAGGCGUUCCUGCUGCACGAGUAGGCCGGGCGCCGCGAGCAGGGGGGCGCGUGGGCGGAGCUGCUGGCCCAGCGGAAGCGGCCUUGCUCCUGUGGGCUGCACCCCGCCUCCGGGGCCCGGGCACCGGCCGCCCCGGGGUCCUUGUCAGCUGAAAAGUCCGCACAGAACCCGAUCUUGCGCUUCUCA